GUGGACAGCAGCCGUUUUGGGUCAUCAGGGAACCUCAGCCAGGCCAGCUCCCAGCUCAGCUCUGAACCAGAGGCUCCCCAGCCCACCAGCCCUCACCCCCCUCUCCACAGCCAACAGAAAGCCUCCUGGGAGGAAGAGGAGAAAGAGGAGAAGGGGCUGAGGGCUGUCCCAGAGCCAGGGUCCAACAAAGAUCAGAAAGAGUCCAUUGUCCCCCUGCCCAAACCCCUGGACAACCGUGGGACAGAGAAACAGAUCAGCUUCUGUGAGCAUGGGCCACCUCCCUGCUCUCCGGUCAGAGUACGUUGGCUGAAGGUCAUCAACAAAGUCAGAGUUCAGCUGCUCAAGGGCCGAGAUGGAGACCCCAGCCUGCAUCCGUGGGCCAAGCCUGGUGGUGCCACGCCCUUUGGGAUCGACAGCAUGCCUGACCUCCGCAAGAGACGGCCUAUCCCCCUGGUCAGCGAGCUGGCAAUGUCCAUGUUGCAGGCCAGGAAGGCAGGACUCUCUAUGGCUACAAAGACGUCCCAGAAGGACCAGGAGCUGAAGAACCACGUGUAUAAGAAAACCCUGCAGGCUCUGAUCUACCCCAUCUCCUGCACCACGCCCCAUGCCUUCCAGGUGUGGACCGCCUCCACACCCACCUACUGCUAUGAGUGUGAGGGACUGCUUUGGGGCAUCGCCCGCCAGGGCAUGAGGUGUGCUGAGUGUGGGGUCAAAGUUCACGAGAAGUGCCAGGAGCUGCUCAACGCUGACUGUCUGCAGAGGGCGGCUGAGAAGAGCUCUAAGACGGGAGCAGAGGACCGGACCCAGCACAUCAUCACAGCUAUGAAGGACAGGAUGAAGAUCAGGGAGAGGAACAAGCCGGAGAUCUUUGACGAGAUCAGGGCUGUGUUUGCUGUCACUAAGCUGCUCCAUGCGCAGCAGAUGAAGACCAUAAAACAGAGCGUGUUAGACGGAACCUCCAAGUGGUCUGCCAAGAUCACCAUCACAGUUGUCAGUGCUCAGGGUCUCCAGGCUAAAGACAGGACUGGCUCCAGUGAUCCCUACGUGACCAUUCAGGUGGGGAAGACUAAGAAGAGAACCAAGACCAUCUACGGAAACCUCAACCCUGUCUGGGAGGAGAAAUUCAACUUCGAGUGCCACAACACGUCGGACCGUAUCAAGCUGCGUGUUUGGGACGAGGAUGAUGACAUCAAGUCCAGGGUGAAACAACGUCUGAAGAGGGAGUCUGAUGACUUCCUGGGUCAGAGCAUCAUCGAGGUCAGAACACUCAGCGGAGAGAUGGACGUCUGGUACAACCUGGAGAAGAGGACUGAUAAGUCAGCAGUGUCUGGGGCCAUCAGGUUACAGAUCAGUGUGGAGAUUGAAGGGGAGGAGAAAGUAGCUCCGUACCACGUUCAGUAUACCAGCCUACAUGAGAACAUGUUCCAUUACUCUACUGACGUGGUGGGUCAGGGGGUGGUGAAGGUGCCUGUUGCCUAUGGAGACGAUGCGUGGAAGGUCUACUUCGAUGAGGUGCUGCAGGAUAUCGUAGAUGAAUUCGCCAUGCGCUACGGCAUCGAGUCCAUCUACCAGGCCAUGACUCACUUUGCCUGUCUGUCUUCUAAGUACAUGUGUGUUGGUAUUCGUCAUGGUGUGUUUGUGUUGAAAGAUCGUUUUGUUAAACUCAUGGAUCAACUGCACAACUCUCUUCGGAUCGACCUCUCCACAUACAGAAAUAACUUCCCAGCCAGUAGUAAGCCUCGUCUGCAGGACCUGAAGUCUACUGUGGAUCUGCUGACAAGCAUAACCUUCUUCAGAAUGAAGGUGUUGGAACUUCAGAGCCCCCCCAGGGCAGCCCAUGUUGUGAGAGACUGUGUGAAGGCCUGUGGAAACUCCACCUAUGAGUACAUCUUCAACAACUGUAUAGAGCUCUAUAUGAGACAGUUCCAGCCUGCUGUAGAGCCUCCCAAGCCAGAGAAGAAGAAGAAGAAGAAGGAGAAGAAGAAGAAGGAGAAGAAACAGGGAGAAGAUGGGGAGGAGGAAGAGGGGGAGGCUGAGGAAGAAGAGGAGGAGGAGGAAGAAGAAGAGGAAGAGGAAGAGGAGGAAGUGAAGAAGGAGCCAGAGGAGACAGGGCCUACUAUCCACAACCUGGACUUCUGGCCGAAACUCAUCACCCUCAUCGUCUCCAUCAUAGAAGAAGAUAAGAACGCCUACACACCCAUCAUUAACCAGUUUCCUCAGGAGCUCAACGUGGGGAAGGUCAGUGCUGAAGUCAUGUGGACGCUGUUCGCUCAGGACAUGAAGUACGCCCUGGAAGAGCACGAGAAACAUCGUCUGUGUAAGAGUGCUGACUACAUGAAUCUUCACUUCAAGGUCAAGUGGCUUUACAACGAGUAUGUGAUCGACCUGCCUGCCUUCCAAGACACUGUACCAGAGUAUUCUGCGUGGUUUCUGCAGUUUGUCCUUCAGUGGCUGGGUGAGAACGAGGAUGUGUCCAUGGAGUUUAUGAAUGGAGCUCUAGAGAGGGACAAGAGGGAAGGGUUCCAGCAAACAUCGGAGCAUGCUCUGUUCUCCAGUUCAGUAGUGGACAUCUUCACCCAGCUCAACCAGAGCUUUGAGAUCAUCAAGAAACUAGACUGUCCUGACCCCAAGGUGCAGGCCCACUACAACAGGCGAUUCGCCAAGACCAUCACAAAGGUGCUAAUGCAAUACUGUGCUAUCCUGUCCAAGGAUUUCCCCUCCUACUGCCAGAAGGAGAAGAUACCAUGCGUGUUGAUGAAUAACAUACAACAGAUGCGGGUCUUGUUGGAGAAGAUGUUUGAGUGCAUGGGGGCUAAACAGCUGGAUUCGGAAGCUGCGGACAUCUUGAAUGACCUGCAGGUCAAACUGGCCACCGUCCUGGACAACCUGAGCGCCAUGUUCGGCAAGAGUUUCCAGGCCCGUCUCACCGUCUGCAUGCGUCAGAUGGCAGAGAUCCUGUACCAGAUCAAAGGUCAUCCCAACCGUCAGACAGCUGAGGCCGACGCUGACAACGUGCUGAGGCCUCUCAUGGAGUUCCUGGAUGGAAAUCUGAGUCUGUUUGCUGACACCUGUGAGAAGACAGUUCUGAAGAGAAUACUGAAGGAUCUGUGGAAGAUCGUCCUCAGCAGUUUGGAGAAGACCAUCAUCUUACCACCGAGCAACGACGGCUUCGGAGCUCAGAUACUGACUGCUGCCAAGGGACUGUCCAACCUGAAGGGAGGGGGCGAGGCCAAAAGCCUGACGCCCAAACAGUGUGUCAUCAUGGAUGCCGCACUGGAAACCAUCAAGCAAUACUUCCAUGCAGGGGGUAAUGGUCUGAAGAAGGCCUAUGUGGAGAAGAGUCCUGAGUUAUCUUCGCUGAAAUAUGCUCUGUCCCUCUACUCUCAGAGCACUGAUGCACUAAUCAAGAUCUUUGUAACUACACAGCACGCACAGGUUCAUAAUGGGAUGGGCAUCAGGAUUACCCCCAAUGAGAAGGUUCGGCCAGACAGAGGUUCAGGAGUGGAGAAGCCUGUUGGUGAGGCCCAGAUCCAGGUAGACAUGGUGCCUCCAGGCAAAGACAAGAUCCACAAGGUCAACAUCAGAGUGAUAGCGGUGAAUGACAUGAAGUGGCAGACAUCAGGGAUGUUCCGUCCCUUCGUGGAGGUCAAUAUGAUUGGUCCGCUCCUUGCAGCCCAGAAGAGGAAGUUCACUACCAAGUCAAAGAACAACAGCUGGACAGCCAAGUACAAUGAGACCUUCCAAUUUAUCCUGGGUAAGGAGUCUCCAGACUGCUAUGAGCUGCAGGUGACGGUGAAGGACUACUGUUUCGGCCGGGCCGACCGUGUUGUGGGCGUGGCCGUGGUCCAGCUCCGAGACGUGGCUGACAGGAAGUCGUGUGUGUGCUGGUGCCCGCUGGGCGGAACAAUCCAGAAGGACGAGACGGGCGUAACGGUGAUGCGUAUCUUGUCUCAGCGUGCGGCCGACGAGGUGGCCAAGGACUUUGUCAAACUGAAGGCCGAGACACGCCCUGUAGAGGAGGGCAGAUGAUGAGGAGAUGUGGAGAGAGGAUAGAUAGAGGAGAAAAGAGGUGGAGAGAGGAUAGGUA